AUGUAUAGACAAGGAGCCCUUUUAGCCCUGGGCCUGCUCCAGGCCAUGCCUUUCGCCCUGGCGGCCCCAGCUCCUCAAAUGGGAGACUUUGGCGAGAACUCCGGUGCCGUCGGCGGGAUCAGCCCGCCCAUCCCGACCGUCACCGCGGCGACCGGCGCCCUUCGCGGGAGCGAGGACCUCCUCGGCGGCCGCACCCCGGACCCGGACACUUCCGACCCGGACGAGUCGGCCAUCGUGGAGAACCCGCAGUUCGUCAACGGGCAGGGCGCCGACAGCAAGCUGGGGCUCUACCUCGACUUCGACGGCAUCGAGGUGCCCCAGCCCGUGCGCGGCGGCUUCGGCGCGACGGACCCCGGCCCGCGGACGUACGACUACGAGCGCCUGAACCCGGACCUCUUCGCGCCGCCGGGGACCGACAACGGCGCCGUCGAGCAGGCCGUCUGGCCGCUGGGCCUCUCGCACAACCGCCUCGGCUCGCAGCCGGGCGCCGGCUGGGCGCGCCAGCAGAACACGGACCAGCUGCCGAGCGCGACGGCCAUGGCGGGCGUGGACAUGCGCCUCGCGCCGCACGCCUACCGCGAGCUGCACUGGCACACGGCCAACGAGUGGUCGCUCGUGCUCAAGGGCUGCGCGCGCGUGUCGUCGAUCGACACGGACGGCGCGUCGUUUGUCGACGACGUCUGCGCCGGCGACGUCUGGUUCUUCCCCUCGGGCUACCCGCACAGCAUCCAGGCGUUCGGGCAGGGCGUCGAGUUCCUGCUCGUGUUCGACGACGGCGCCUUCAGCGAGGACGAGACCUUUCUCGUGUCGGAGAUGUUCCUGCGGACGCCCGUCAGCGUGCUGGCUAAGAAUUUCGAGGCGGAUCCGAGCGCGUUCAAGAAUAUUCCUCAGGGAGAGCUUUACAUCUUCAACGGCACGCCGCAGCCCAAGGAAAUCGACAAGACCCAGAACCUGACCUCGUCGGCCGGGUCCCUGAGCGGCACCAACAAGUCGCAGACGUACCACUGGUCCAAGCAGGAGCCCUUCCAGGUCCCCGGCGGCUCCGUCAAGAUCCUCGACUCGACGACCUUCCCCGUCGCGCCCAACUUCGCCGCGGCGCUCGUCACCGUGCAGCCGGGCGCCAUGCGCGAGAUCCACUGGCACACGACGUCGCCCGAGUGGAACUACUUCCUGCAGGGGUCGGCGCGCGUCACCGUCUUCAAGGCGCCCGAGGCGGCGCGCACCUUUGACUUCACGGCCGGCAGCGUCGGGUACAUCCCGCAGGCGGCGUCGCACUACGUCGAGAACACGGGCAACGAGGACGUCAUCUUCCUCGAGGUGCUGCAGGCGCCCGUGUUCAGCGACAUCAGCGCGGCGCAGUGGCUCGCGCUCACGCCCAAGCAGGUCGUGCAGGACCACCUGAAGCUGGCCGAGGGCGUGUGGGAGAGCCUGCCCCGGGAGAAGCAGUUCAUGAAGACGGGGGACAAGAACAUGACGGCUAUAGCGACGGCCGCCGUUGGGAAUGGGGGCUCAGGCUCAGGCAGCAGCAGCAGCAGCACCAUGGCCUCGCCGUCUUACACUCCCUCGGCUGCAGCCAAGCGGCCGAGGGACAUCAAGGACGAUGGGGUGCAGGAGACUAGGAGAAAGGUCACUUUCUUUGCCUAA